AUGACGGCGGCGAAGAGUUCCGACACGUCGUCGAUCCGCCGUCCUCUCCUCCCCGAACCCCAUCCUCCACCUCAAUACAUCGUCGUCCUACCUCCCCAACUCCCCCCAUACCGCACCAAUUGCGUCCACCGCGGAUGCUGCCGGCGCCGCCUAACCUGCUCCGCCGUCCUCCUCAUCCUCGCCGCCGCGGCGUAUGUCCUGUGGCCGUCUGAUCCCAAACUCUCCGUCGUCCGCCUCAGCCUUGGCGGCCUGCACUUCCACACUAGCCCCCAAAUUUCGCUCGACCUAACCCUAGACCUGACCGUCAAGGUCUGGAACAAGGAUUUCUACUCUAUCGACUAUGAAUCCUUGAAAGUCUCCAUUGGGUACAGGGGGAGGAAGCUAGGGUUCAUGACUUCCGACGGCGGACGUGUCAGGGCGCGGAGGUCUUCAUAUAUAAACGCCACGCUGGCUCUCGAUGGGGCCGAGGUGUUGAGCGACGCCAUCCCGUUGCUGGAGGAUUUAGCAAGAGGUUCCAUAACCUUCGACACUGAGUCGAAGAUCACUGGGAAGCUCGGGAUUUUCUCCUUCGACUUGCCUCUCAAGGCAAGAAUAUGGUGUGAAGUGAUUGUAAAUACACACAACCAAACAAUAACUCAUCAAAAUUGCUACCCCGAUUGA